CCAACUCCAUGCUCUAGCAACCCAAUUCCUCUACCCACCACCAAUUACACUGACCAUUCUAGCGCUCAGCAUGACCGAGGACGACAAGUACGACGUGUUAGAGAAGAUUGGCCAUGGGUCGUUCGGGGUCAUUCGCAAAGUGAGGAGGAAGGCCGAUGGCUAUAUCCUGUGCCGCAAGGAAAUAAGCUACACCAAGAUGUCUCCGAAGGAACGCGAACAACUUCAAGCAGAACUUUCCAUUCUCAAAGAGCUCAGGCACACAAACAUCGUCGCAUACUACGAGCGCGAACAUCUUAAGCAAUCCCAGGACCUUCAUCUUUACAUGGAAUAUUGCGGGAAUGGUGAUCUGGGCAAGGUCAUUAGGAUCCUGAAGGACAAACGACAAAUGGCCGAGGAAAUGUUCGUCUGGAGUAUCUUUUCCCAGAUUGUUAGCGCGUUGUUUCGAUGCCACUAUGGGGAGGACCCACCGGAAGCGGGACACGAUGUCAUGGGAUAUGGUUCCAUUACCGUUCCCAAUUCGGUCAAACCAUCGGUCUUACAUAGGGACCUUAAGCCAGAGAAUAUCUUCCUUGGGGCCGACAACUUAGUCAAGCUCGGAGACUUCGGUCUGUCGAAAAUCAUUCUUGCCAACGACUUUGCAUCCACAUACGUGGGCACUCCGUUCUACAUGUCACCGGAGAUCUGUCAGAGUGAGAAAUAUAGUCUGAAGUCCGAUAUAUGGGCCUUGGGUUGUAUUGUGUACGAGCUGUGUGCAAAAGAGCCACCCUUCAACGCGCGCACCCACCUCGAGCUUAUUCAGAAGAUCAGAGGAGGGAAAGUUCCACGAUUACCAUUGUGCUACUCGGCCGACCUACAGAAGAUUGUUGACACCUGUUUGAGAACCAACCCAGACCUUCGCCCCACUACCGUAGAUUUCCUCAAUCUCCCUAUAGUCAGGGUGAUGCGUAAGGAGCAAGAGGCAGUACUGCUAAGCCAGAAAAUGCGGAGAGAUAGAGAGGAAGCAAGACAGUUGAGGAACCAGGCUCAAGAGAUGCUUGCGAAGAGAGUCGCAGAGACCGAUGCAAUAAGGAAAAACGUCAGCGAUUCCGUCCGCAGAGAAUGGGAAGUGAAGGCGAGACUCGAAAUUGACCGACAGGUCGCGGUAGCACUUGAGAAGCUUCGACAGACUUUCGAAGCUGAGGUUACCAGGCGUGUCUCUGAAGAGCUAGCAAAGCAGAGUUCUGGGAAGACCCUUAUCGUAUCGGACAUACCCUUACCGCCUCGGUCCUCUACUCCAACACAAUUGACAACAAAACCGCCGCUGUUCGCGCCAGAACAACACCAGUCGGGCGCUUCAUUCAGCACAUUAGGCGAGGCUUCGGACUUCCCUAGCAUGACGGAUCUGUCAUCACUCUCAUUAGACUCGCCAGACGAUACCAAGCCCAAAGCGCGUGCAGCACGUGCUCCACUCGCACGAGCCAGGACGAGCAUCGCCCCAGUCCCUCCGUCGCCAAUGGAUAUUCAGAUGGCGGACCCCAGCCCUAUGUCUAUUGAUUCGCUAUCGCUGUCACCUCGUAAGACGGGCAAGACGGGCGUUCGCAAGAAUAUCUUUGCCGCGGUUACGGCCGGAGAGAGGUGGGAACCGGAAGUACCAUCGUCACCCACAGAUGAAUGGAAUGGAAACUUCGAUGGGUUGGAUGACGACGAUCUUCCGGUGCUCCCGUCACCAACACGAGCAAAGAGUGCCGCUGGCAAUCAUGACAAUGAAGACCCUUUCAAGGUCCUCGCCAAUGCGCAACGUCCAGUUAUCAAGUCGAACCAGCGCCUAGCUAGCGCUCCUAACUUGUUUGCGCCGAAUGGGAACGGACCAAAGGUCAGGCCUCAGAGCGCCGUGCCAAUCGUGUCGACAAGCCCGGAGAGGAGGAAAGCCAAGGCGGCGACAGUAAAUGGAAGCCCGGUCCGUAAGGGCCAAGCAUCAAAGCUCAACCUAGCGAAGGACUCGAACUCGAACUCGAACUCGGCUGAGAACGGUGGCCUGAAGUCCAAGAAGGGCAACGAACAGAUGCGUAUCCAGGCGAUGCGGAACAACAUACAAGGUCGAACCCUCGUGGAACUUAAACAGGCUAGGGGGAUCCAAAUCCAAGCCCAUGCUGUCAGCGAAGACGAAGGCAAGAAGGCUAUCAAGCGGACCUUUGGAUCGCCGACCAAGGUCGCGCAAUGGGAUCCUGAUACUUGCGACGAGAUGCCGAGUCCUUUCCUCCGGAGGAACAACAAGCCCAUGUUGAUGCGGUAGUCAUGGGAUGUCGACGCCUCUCCUCAGGGACUGAUGCUUCGGAGUACGGCGUAUGACGACGGAUGAUUGGCUAUGAUGUUCAUGAUUUGUAAGGCUUCAUCCAUGUCCCUUCUUGCUGCGACGAUGAACAUGUCCGGCAGAAAGUACUGUGCUCCUUCAAUUCUUUUCUUUUGUUUUGGAUCGAUGAGAUAUUUUAUUCUUGGAUUUCUCCUCAUGCAUUGGAUGGCGGCAUUCUUCGGUGGGACCGAGGGUACGAUAUGGCGUUUGAGGCAUGGCUUGAUUAUCACGGAGGUGUAUUUUACUGGAUAUGGGAACCUCUCUGCCUCAUAGAAUCAUAUGAGAUACUUUAAUCUAUUUG